AUGACGCUAAUCAAAUUACCACCACCGAAUAAGACCCUCAGAGGCCACAAGCUGGUCCUCGCGGAUCCUCGCCCUCUCCCCAAAGACGCUUUAGAUCGCCUCCACGCCCGCUUCCCCGACCUCAAGGUGCAGCACUACGACGCCGAGGCGACGGACCCUUGGGCAGAUGCCACGCUGGCAUUGGGAACGACUUUCAACCUGCCCUCGGUAGAGCAGGCCAAGAAACUGGAGCUGUUUCAACUAACGUCGGCUGGCGCGGAUGGUCUCGUUGGGAAACCAAUUUUUGACGACACCAAGAUAUCAUUCUGCACCGCAAGUGGUGUACAUGGACCACAAAUAUCCGAGUGGGUGUACCUGAAUACCUUGAGAACCAACACCAACGCAAAUGGCAACCAUCUAAAACCCCUACAGACGACUCUGUCGGCCAGCGAAGGAAUCCUCGGUUACGGCAGCGUUGGUCGGCAAGUCGCCCGCCUCUGCAAGGCCAUGGGGAUGCUCGUCCACGCCUAUACGCUGCACCCCCGCCGCACGCCCUCCUCGCGGCGCGACGACUCCUACGCGCCGCCGGGCCUCGGCGACCCCAGCGGCGCCCUCCCCGACCGCUGGUUCGCCGGCGGCUCCACCGCCGAGCUGCACGCGUUUCUCGGCUCCGGGCUCGAUCUGCUGGUAGUGGCCCUGCCGCUGACGCCCCAGACGCGGGGACUGGUGGCGCACGCCGAAUUCGAGGUGCUGCGCGUCAACAAGACGUUUGUGUCAAAUAUAGGCCGCGGGCCGAUUGUCGACACGGACGACUUGGUGGAUGCGCUGGAAAGGGGCGUGAUUCGCGGCGCGGCGCUCGAUGUCACGGAUCCGGAGCCGCUGCCGGAGGACCAUCCGCUUUGGCGCGCAAAAAAUGUCAUCAUUACGCCGCAUGUGAGCGGUGGCUCGUCAAAGUACAUGGAAAGGGUGUUUGAGGUGCUGUUGGCCAAUUUGACCAGGUUCAGCAAUGGAGAAAGACUGAUGAAUUUAAUCAAUAGAAAAGAAGGAUACUAG